AUGUUGCCUCCUGGGCGCAAUGGCACCACGCAUCGGGCGCGGCUGGGUUUGCAGCGGCAGCUGGCGCAGGCGGGAGCCCCGGGGGGCUCGGCGGCCCCGCUGGGACCCGCGCAGGUGGUCACCGCCGGCCUCCUGACUCUCCUCAUCGUCUGGACAUUGCUCGGCAAUGUGCUAGUGUGCGCAGCCAUCGUCCGAAGCCGCCACCUGCGCGCCAAGAUGACCAACAUCUUCAUCGUAUCCCUGGCUGUCUCGGACCUUUUCGUGGCGUUGCUGGUCAUGCCUUGGAAGGCUGUGGCUGAAGUGGCUGGGUACUGGCCCUUUGGGGCGUUCUGCGACGUCUGGGUGGCCUUUGACAUCAUGUGCUCCACUGCCUCUAUCCUAAAUCUGUGUAUCAUCAGUGUAGACCGUUACUGGGCUAUUUCCAGGCCCUUCCGCUACGAGCGCAAGAUGACCCAGCGUGUAGCCCUGGUCAUGGUGGGCCUGGCCUGGACCUUGUCCAUCCUUAUCUCCUUCAUCCCGGUCCAACUCAAUUGGCACAGAGACAAGGCAGGCUCUCAGGGCCCCGAGGGCGUGUCGACAAAUGGGACGCCCUGGGAAGGAGGCUGGGAGCGAGAAGGGAGAGCAGAGAACUGUGACUCCAGCCUGAACCGAACCUACGCCAUCUCCUCGUCGCUCAUCAGCUUCUACAUCCCGGUGGCCAUCAUGAUCGUAACCUACACGCGCAUCUACCGCAUUGCACAGGUGCAGAUCCGCCGGAUCUCCUCCCUGGAGAGGGCAGCUGAGCAUGCUCAGAGUUGCCGGAGCCGCGGGGCCUGCGAACCUGACCCCAGCCUGCGAGCGUCCAUCAAGAAGGAGACUAAAGUCUUCAAAACCCUGUCAGUGAUCAUGGGGGUCUUCGUGUGCUGCUGGUUGCCUUUCUUCAUCCUGAACUGCAUGGUUCCUUUCUGCAGCAGUGGGGACGCCCAGGGCCCAAGGACGGGUUUCCCAUGCGUCAGCGAGACCACUUUCGACAUAUUCGUUUGGUUUGGCUGGGCCAACUCUUCUCUCAACCCCAUCAUCUAUGCCUUCAACGCAGACUUCCGGAAGGUGUUCGCCCAGCUGCUGGGGUGCAGCCACCUCUGCUUCCGGACCCCGGUGCAGACGGUAAACAUCAGUAAUGAACUCAUCUCCUACAACCAAGACACGGUCUUCCACAAGGAGAUCGCUGCUGCAUAUGUCCACAUGAUCCCCAAUGCAGUGUCCCCUGGAGACAGGGAGGUGGGCGAGGAGGAGGAGGAGGAGGAGGAGGGGCCUUUCGAUCACAUGUCUCAAAUCUCUCCAACGACCCCAGAUGGUGACCUGGCUGCUGGGUCUGUCUGGGAGCUCGACUGUGAGGAGGAGGUUUCCUUAGGCAAAAUCUCACCUCUCUCUCCCAACUGUUUCCGUAAAACUGCUUAGAAACACCCUCAUGAGCAUAUACAAUUGCGGCCAUUGCUACACGCAUACUCACACACACACACGCACACACACAAAUAUACACUCCAAGUGUGCUGUAGUCUGGCUGUAUAGAAACUAAAUGAUUCUCACCUGAGAAAAUUAGCGGAGGCUGUUGGAAUAAACUCAGAUAUUCUGGACAAAGAAGAGAGUUCCCUUUAGGGAAGAGAAACUGGAUCCUGGUCCUUUAAGAGCACACCUCAACUGAACCUUUCUAACAAAAGCUUGUUCUGUGACUUGCAUCUGGGUUGUUUUUUAAAUAACAGGUCCGAUUGUUGGCAAUUGUUGGGGUGGGCUGUGACUUUCGAGAGACUUGGGUCUGUAGUCCUGUGUUCUGGAACUCCAUUAGUGCAGACUGGGGGAGGGGGUGUCUUUUCUGUGUCUGGGCUUUCUUUCUGGUUUGUUCUAGUUUUUAAUAAGCGCACAGUACAUGUGCUUGGGCUUGGGAGCCUGGAUGUCUGUCACCUUUGCCUUGCCAGCUGGUUGGUGCUCAGCAUUGCUCCUGGAGAAAUCACAGGCGUGCUCUUAAAAGACAGCUGAGUUUUGGAACGCACAUUUGUUUGCUGAGCAGCUUUGCUUUCAGAGAACAUGCGGGACAAAGGGCCUUGAGGAACUGCUGAAUUCUUGCCUGUCUUUUUCCUAGUCACACCUUCAGGGCACCCUGAGAGCUAGUUUCACCUCCACACUAUUAGAUGUGGACUUCUCAGGCCUGACACUCAGUUUUGUUUGGUCUUUUGGAACCUUCUCCUAGAAUCACAGGUGACAAUGGUCCUGAUUUCUAGACAGACACUCUCAGCGCAUUGAAUAGACCACCUAGACUAACAACUCUGCGUUCUCCAUCCCUCAUCUGGAGUGUUUCAGAAUGACAUGGCUUCAGUAAACCACAGUUUCUAGGGUCUUUUAGGUGCAAUAUGCUUCAAAAUGCUUCAAACCUGGAAUCCUGCUUUGAAGCAGAUGAUUUUCCUUGCAGACAGUAGCAAACAGAAUGAACUUCAACCCACAUGCAGAAAGACAAAGGUGAUACGUGACUGAACGAACUUAUCAGGUGAGGGUCUCACAAAGGAUCCCACCUGUCUGUCUUUCUGCUUUCCCUCUCUGCACCGAGUACAGGAAAGUGUUCUUUAUUCCGGUAUGAUUUUAUUAGACACAAAUUAAAAAAAAAAGUAAUGAAAUCAAAUGAAAUGUGCAUAUGUAAGCUGCUACACACCCCUGCUCCAAAGACAGUUUCUCAAGGAGAGUUCAAUCAAUUUUGGUUUCCCUAUGGAUAAUUGUAUUGUGAGUCUUCUGAUCAGGUGUGUCAUGUUCCCUGUAAAAUGUGCAGUGCCUGUCACAACAUGCUUAAUAAAUGUUUGUUGAAU